AUGAUCGUCGUCAAGAUUCGCGUCAAGGGUGACCCGGCGCAUGUGAUGCACGGCUCGUCGCUCGUCAGCCACGCUGUGCACAUGGAGAGCAAGGAGGCGGGCCUGGACGCGGCCGCGGGCACCUCGUCUGACCCGGGCUCGGGGCUGUCGAGAGGUCACUCACCUCGCACCCGCUCCGACCCGGAGCCAGAGGACGAGGGCAAUGAGGACUCGUCCAGCCAGGAUGUCCUGGAGAAGCUGAAGCAGCAGGUGGCCAACGUGACGCACGGCAGAAGCCGGAAGCCGCUGCCCGGCCUGGGUCUGGCCGGGUACGGCGGGUCUGGCGGCCGGGCCAGCAGCUCGCCGCCGGCCCGUGACACGGUCAGCCCGCCGGUCAGCUCGGCGGCACAGUCGCCCCGCCAGGGCAGUGCCGGCAACGCCCCCUGGAACUACGAGGAGCAGUUCAAACAGCUGUAUGAAAUCGACGACAACCCCAGCCGGAAGGAGUUCCUAGACGACCUGUUUCGGUUCAUGCAAAACAGAGGAACUCCGAUAAACCGUCUACCGAUAAUGGCGAAGCAGGUGCUGGACCUCUACGAGCUGUACAACCUGGUGGUAGCCCGUGGUGGGCUGGUGGAGGUCAUCAACAAGAAGCUGUGGCAGGAGAUUAUUAAGGGCUUGAAGCUGCCCUCCUCCAUCACGUCUGCAGCCUUCACCCUGCGUACACAGUACAUGAAGUACCUGUACCCGCAGGAGUGUCAGAAGGAAGGUCUCAGCAGUCCGUCUGAGCUGCAGGCAGCCGUGGACGGGAACCGGCGCGAGGGCCGCCGCAGCACCUACAACAGCAACUCGUACGCCGACUUCGUGCAGAGGUCGCCACUGCUAUCGGGCUCGAUGGCGCAGUCGUUCGGCUUGUCCAACGGCAUGCCGACCACGCUGCAUCAGCAGGGCCUGUCUCCUCUGUCGCUGGUCACCAGUCGGCCCGGCACCAACGGCGCCGGAGGCCACCCGCUGCCGCCUAGCUCUCCGUUUCUGCCGGGCAUGGGCGGCCCCGUGCUGCCGUCCGCCAACGACACGCUGAUGACGCUGUGGAACCUGUACAGCAACAGACAGCCGAUCCCCUCGCCGCCACACCGCAAGCCCGAGUGCAUGGGCCUGGCUCCGCAGAGCGAGGCCCUCAACCUCGGCGUCCGACGCGAAAUCAUGGCGAGGCAGGAAAGGGAGCGCGAGCAACAGGAGCGAGAGAGAGACCGCGAGCUGGAGCUGCACCGCGAGCGCGAAAGGGAGAUCGAGAGAGAACGCGAGCGCGAGAGGGAGCAGGAGAUGACGCGAGAGGUGCCUGACGACCUGUCGCCGCCACCCAACAAAAGGGCUCGGUCGGAUGACGAAGAGCACAAGAUGAACGCGCUGCCUCACACAAAAAUGAGCAUAUCGUCCAAGGGCGACGGAAGUUUGGUGCUGAGCAUGGAGCUGAACGGCGUGGUUUACCAGGGAGUACUCUUCGCUCAGCCCAGCGCCGCCCGGCUAUAGGCGACGCUGCUGCCACCUCGAGCUUUUCAAACAAGUAUUACUUGGCUGUGUCGCCGCUAGGACGAGGUCGUGCCGGAGAUCGUCGGCGACCGUCGCGACACACAGCAGUCCGAUCUCAUGAGGGCCGGUCGGGGCAGGGGAAGGGGUGUGCUCGUCGAGCACGCGCGGCGACUGCUGACGCCGUGCUCCGAUGUCCUGUUGCUCCCGUACGCGGCGUUCCUCGAUUUGAGCCUGCUGGCUGGUUAACUUGUUGACAGGAAGGCGGCUGCUGCUGUAUUCUUACUGGCCGCUUGGAGUGGAUGACUAGUGCAAUGUUCGUGCGAGAACAAAAGCUGGCCUGUGUCUGAAGAUGAACUUACCGGCUGAACCUAUGAUGUACUGGCCAAUGUCAUGUCGCUCCUGUCGUCCCCUGGUCUUCACUUGCAUAACUCAGGGAGACAAUAUUUCCAAGAAUAGAAAUGGCCUGUUCCCGACAAACGUCAUGCACUUUCCGGGCCCAGCCGUUGCUUUUUGCGGAGACCCAACGUGCAUGCAUGUGAGGGGAGAAUAGGUAGAAUCGUUGCAGUGUCAGAGCAAGGUCGUGCAGGGCUUCUGUGACGCAUUUUGUCAACGUUCCUGGGGUCUCGUACUCACAGUACGCUGGAUACUGUUUACGCGUGUUUGUGUACAAAGUUGUACCUCAGAUGAUGGUCGGAUCGUUCCUACUGAGACGCUGGCGUCGCUCGGGACGGCGGCCAGCGGGAAAUGGAAUGUCCCGGUCGUGUGCGUUUUAGCAUGCCCUGCCCGUCUAUGUCCUAGCUGUAUGACUUGGAACCUUCGUGGCGUUGUCUUGCGCAUUCGGGCUACGCAUGGCGUACGCUCGAAAUUCAGAGAUUUUAUUGCCACAGCCGUACUCGGAGUCAUUUGCAGGUAUGCAGUCAUUAUGCUCAUUUGCAUCCAAGUUUCAAAAAUCGCUGUUAUCAUGUGUCAUGUGUCCAUUGCGCACUUGACACAUGCGUGUGCGUUGCUUUCCCCUCCCCCGUAGUUGCCGGUGUUGUACAGAUAAUUGAUGACGUGGGCAAUAAGUGAUCCCUCUUUGACGAUCUCAUAACGGUCAUAUUUUCCAAAACCCUUCAACUCUAACGAACCACCACUUAGGGGUAACCUUGCUGGAGCAGUUAUCAACUGAAGUGUAUUUAAACUAUUUAGAAGUGUGCUUUAUGCUGGUAGUACGUUAUUAUCGGUGUGUGACUGUGUUGCCAAAUGUUAACAUUUGGCGUCCGGGCUUGGAGGCCGUCUGUACCCCUGCGCCACGUUAAUCCCACCUAGCACGAGAUGCGACUGUACGUUCGGUCGACGUUCGGUGGUGGCUGGCGAAGGCAGCCCUGUUGUCGCUGCCGCCUCACCAGGAUAUGUUGCAUGCCAAAGUCAUAAUAAACGUGUCUCAAACGGA